CGUAACUUGAACAGUCUGUUUUUCUGAACUCGACCAUCAAGGACGUUGCCAUGGAAAUGAGAAACAACUGAAUAACUUGUUUAUGAAACAUGGCAGAUGAACAGUGGCUGGAAAUGAUUCAGAAAGCGGAAAAGAAGUGUUUAAUACAAGAUGGAAAGCGAAAAGUUCACUAUCUAUUUUCACCAGGAGAGGAGAUGGUUGAAGAAUAUAACUGUGAGACAGAUGUACUCAUAAGACGAGCGUGGCGAAAGAAAUCUAGUCUGGGUGGAGAAGGACAGUGGGAUGUGGAGAUUGGUGAUCCUGAAGAACACUUUUUAAAUAUUGAUCAAGUGCUCAUCAAGGAAUCAAGCAGUGCUCCAUUUGUAAGUAGAAGAAUAACAAAAACUAGCCUGGAAUGGAGAAUUAGGAAUCUCCCAUAUCCAUUGUCUGUGUAUUCAGUAACAGCUGAACCAGACAGCAAAUGUAUAACCGUAAGAACAACAAACAAGAAGUACUUCAAGAGGCUGGCAAUACCAGAUUUGGAGCGAGUUGGCUUACUCCCAGAACAGGAUAAAAUACAGUUUACGCAUAACCACAAUACACUUAUUAUAUCAUAUCAGAAACCACAAAAAGUAUAUGGAUUGGAAAAGAAGAUUCUUCAAGAGAUAAAGAAAAUAAAAACAUCCAAGGAAGAUGUGCAGUGUAAUCCCAGUUGAAUAAAUUUAUAGAAACGGUGGA